UGUCGUAGAAUAGAAUUGGUAGUCGUGCGAUGGUGAUCGCGGACGCGAUGAUAGAUAGAGAGAAUGAAGGUACUGGGAUGCGGAUGCGUUGAUGGAGCGUCUGGCUACCAUGGCUGCUCGUCCAUUCGUAUGGAUCUUCCCUGUACAACAUUAUGUAUAUUAUAAAUAUCGUGUUAUGUGAACGCAGCCAGGGCUAGUCCCACAAGUGUAAGAAAAUAGCAUGCAAAAAAUUGAAAAUUGAAAGUUGUUCUUGGAAGGAUUGUUGUAAAGAUAGAAUUGGAGAUGUGAGGGGAAGCAUCCGAACCUCAAUUGAAGGAAGUGUUUGAGUCAUAUUGACCCAUAGUUCAAGUUUACUCAUAAUGAUAGAUAGAUAUACAAACAAGUCAAAGUUGCUACUUACACACAAUAUAUUAGAUGAAUUCACAUCACCAAGACGUUUGAGUUAGUUUUCUUAAACAUAAGGAUAUCUCUUCACAGGCCAUUUCAAUUGGCGUCUGGCAAUGAUCAUAGCCUACUAGUACUUGUUCUAGGUUAUUUCCUAUUCUUCGUGUGGAAUCUAGAAUAUAGCUGGUGUUACUAUGUUAAAUAUUUUGUGUUUUUGUGGUUUUUGAUCUCCGGUGAGUCGUCAUGUCAUCAAUGUCUAGCAGCUAUUUUCUUGUUCUUGCUAGAAGAAGAAAAGUGUUGUGCAGCAUAUACGAAGCUUGGAUAGGAAGCUUGGAGGUUUCGUCCUUCUCUCCUCAAUCUCCUUCUGGUUGUACCGAGCAAGGAAAAUGGCAUAUACCACGAAGAUGGCCUUGCAUGAUGAUUUCCAACAUGUGUUGA